ACUCACUACAGACAGCUGGCUAAUUAAUCAGUGGUAAGACAUGCGACUCAGACAGAAAAAGGACAUCUCUUCCCUGCAUAGACAUAGCAUAUUUCUGCUUGCUGACUGACUAGCAAAGUUAUGUAUUGCUAUACGUGUCAAACUGUCAAUUCAUCGAUAUGCAAGAUUAAUUUGACCUUCCUAUAAACCAAGCUGAAUAUGAGUCAACGGAAAGGCAAGGGUAGACCGCUUGCAGAUAAAAGAAAUGUGCUAAGUGUUUUUACAAAACACUACAAAUCUCAAAAUAUGACCCCAGUGCCUACUAACAAUGCUACUGCUUGCUGCUCCUCUUGUAGUCAUGCAGAUGGACCAGGAACAAUACACAGUAAUGUAAUGCCUGCCAAGGGUAAACGGCUGAAGACUCGUAAGGAAAGAGACCAUAUAAGGCAGGGAUGUGGUGGGCAAAAAAAACAAUCACAUUCUCGCAUUAAGCAGAGCUGCAGAGAGAAGGAGCUAUGCCAAGGAUCGUAUCAACCACAACCUCACUUACAUAAUUGUGAGAAAUUAGCAAAAGCAUUUGGCCCUAAGGAGCCCUCUUUUAUCACAGAGCGACGUCUCCUUGGCCACCAAGGCCUGUUCAACCAUGAAGUGAAGUCAUUUGACAUUGAACGUCUACUGAGUGAAGAAAGGAGAGCAGAGAGAUCAAAAAAGGAAGUGAUCCACACAAAGAAAAGUAUUUUUUCACCUACUCCAUCUCUCACACAAAAUUCAGGUGAUGACAAGGAAUGUCCCCCAAGUCGUAAAGAUGAACUGUCCAGCAAGUGCAGCAGACAGGGCGAUUCACCUGAGACUGAGAGUCAAACAUGUUUACAAAGUUAUGAUAGGGGAGACAGUGGUGCAAACAAUCAGGGACCAGGACCCUCACCUUGCCAGAGAAAAACAGAUGUUAUGGACCUGUCACCAUCUGAAAGCAACUCCGUCAUUGUUCUGUCUUCAACUCCCAAAAGCACUGUGUCAAAUAACGUGCCACAGUCAACUCCAAGGAUUUCAGUGGAAGAGCACAACUCUCCAAAAGUGCACUGUGCAGGGAGUCCCAUUCAGACAGUGUUUUCUAAUGCAAAUGCUCAACAUUUAGAUUGCCCAUCUGCACGCAUAAAACCCCCAGUGUCUCACCCUAAGGAGCAAAAGCCCAGUAACCCUCCUGAAUCACCUGUAGCUGAGGAUGUAACCAGUGCUAGUCUGGAUCAGAAGGCUAAGAGUGGCAUAGAGAGGAAACAGAUGGAUGCAAAAAUAGCCAGGCACCUAAUUGGUGUUGUGGCUGACCGCCUGUGCCAGUCUCUGGAUCGUCCACUUUUGCUGCGCCACCAUCUGUUGGCAGAGAGCAGGGCCACCCUUCUGCAUGUACUGCAGGAAAGGCAUGGUGCUGUGCUCCAGCAGAAUCUGCUGAAGCUACACACGGUGCUAGGUCUUGGACAGAGUCAGGUGGACAGCGGACAUGGCGCCGGGGUGCACAACAAAACCUCAAAGUGGACAGCAGCUGUUAAUGACGUGCAUGACAGUGACUCAGGGCCAGACACUGGGCAGCAGUCAUUGCUUGGCUCUCAGCAGAGGCCCACUCACAAACGGAGGAGGAAGCAGAAGUGUCCCCAGAGACGGACGCCACCCAGUCCUUUGCCUCCACAGGGACCUCUCAGUGAAUCACAGCAAGGCACUGGCCAGAGGAGCUCACUGGCUUUGCCUUGGACUCUAAACAUGGGAAAAGAGAAACAGAUCCUUAUGGAACCAGCAAAUCCAACAUCUGAUCUGUUUUCACUGGGCCUCCACACAACUGAAACUUUCCCAACUGAUGGCGACGCAUUCUCCUCAAAAUGGGGACCCCAUCCUGGACUACCCCAGCGUUGGAACAAGCAAAUUCAUCAGGAAGAGAUCCGCCCCCAAACCAUGACGGACUCGUAUGAGAAAUGGAGGCAUGACCCAGAUUUGAGCUUUCUCUGCCAAACAGAGGAUCAGGAACAUCACAAGCAGUCUUAUUUCAGUUACAGAGCCAUGUCACAAGAUGGCGCUCUCAGAGAACCUCGACGCUUGUCAGCGCAUCAUCAGUUUGACUUUGAAAGGCACCCUGCGAGGUCUUGCUUUCCUGAUACUCCCCACACCUCUCUGAAAAACCUCCAGCUCCAACCCUACUACCGCUUUCACAAUCCACUCAACUCAGCCACCUCAUCCGUCACGUCCUACAGGCCAGACAUGAACUUUUAUCCCCCUUCAGAGCUUCUGGACAUGGCUUUGUCUCCACCGAAGCCUCUUUCUGCAAGUCCAGAAGGCUGGUCGUACCCUCGGAUGAGGUUAUACUGAACUAAACUAAUCUACAAAAAAUUGAUCAAGCUAGCAAACCCAAUGUGUAUCUUUUUGAGGUGUGAAAAUAUGACCUGGACCAAACAGUGUUGUAGCAAAAAUGAUCGGUCACACUUCCCUGUAUUUUUAGUACAUGUAAUAAUAACUAUUAAUAUCAGUCGACCUCCUCAUAAAAACUCAGAUCGUUUUUCACAUAUAAAUGUUUUGCUAUUAAACAUUUCAGUUCCCAGAUGUAGAAAAAUCUGAACAAAUAACAAAUAAUUUACAGUAAGGGUUUUUGCACACUUUGUAUUGAUUAUUUAAAGUGCAUAACAAUACAUUCUUGUAUUUUUGUUUUUAAAUUAAAUUUUAAAACAUUU